AUGAGCAUUCCAAAAUACGUCUAUGUUCCUACACCAUGGUGCAUUCCACAAGAGUCAGGAGAUCCUGCUCCUGCUAUUCCUCUCCGAAUUCUUACGAACCAAGGCUCGGACCGAUGGAGUGACCACGGAGCUGGUCCACAGACCUGCAGUUUGUCCACUCUUCCUCCAACACUUCCAGUUCGACAGAGUGACCUGGCUGAAGCAAGAUAUCCACCAUCAAAUCCUCCUUUGAGACGGCCCAGAUACGACAACUGCUUGUCAAUGUUGAGUACUGAUCAGCAUCUGCAACCAUUGGUCAGCCAUGAAGAUUCAUUUGAUGCCCCUCCAAGGCAACCAAGCCGACGAUGCAUCGGGGACGAUUUGACAAGCCAAAAAUCCAGUCAAGAGGCAACCCCAUCGCAGAAUCCUUCACAGAGUAAAUGCCAGCGCAACAUCAAACAUUCCUUGGAGUACGCUAGAGCAGCAUAG